AUACUUUGAUCAAAAAGUUUAAACGGAUUAGAUCAAAGUAAGACGAAUAAAAAGAAUUGGAAGUAAUACUCAAGUAAAUAAAUUUUACACUGUGUUCGGAUAAGAGAAAUUGAGGGCAAGGAAUGCAAGGGAUUUGAAAUGAUUGAGAAUUUCUUGUUUGGAUAACAAAAAGUGAGGGGACAGAUUUAAAGAGGAGAGGUUUGGGGGAAAAACAUAGAUAAAUUUUGUUAACCAUACAAUUUCUCUUAAAGUGAAAAUAUUUGGAGGGAAAACAGUAAAACACUCGGUUUUCUCACAAAUAUGAUGCACUCUCCCUCCUUACUCAUUACCUACCUUUCCCUUUCUUCCCUUCCGCUUCACUUUCUUUCUUUUUUUUGCCUAAUUUAUUAUUCAAACUAAUGUAAAUAUGAAAAUACCGUAAAUCAGGAAUAAUAGAAUAACUUAAUAACAUCCCCCCAAAAUUGCAAAUAUCCUCUAAAUAGUAAAAAUGAGAUCUAGAUGGUUCUCGGAUCCAUAUUUCCUAUAGUGAAAUGAAUCCAAAACAUCUCCACCGUCCAUUGUAGAACCAACCCCAUGACAUGAUUUUGACUUCUCAACCAUUAUCAUUAUACAUUUAUACAUGCACUUCAUCUACUUUUAUCUUGUAUUAUCUCUGCACUAUUUUGCCUUCUAGAGGAAAUACUCUCAAAUCCUUUUUCUUCCACUCUAAUAAACAACUAACACAGCCUAACAAUUAUCAAAUUAGCCAAUAUUUCCAACUGAUCAGCCAAAAACUCUAUUCAACUACUCUAACUAACAAUCAUUUGCAACAUAAAACAUAGUGGGCCAUACUAAUAAAAGUAAUGUCACAAGUACUAGAGGUGUUUAUUCAUGUCAUCGAAUUAAUUUUGAGUCAAGUGUUUCGGGUCGAUUCAAAAUAGGAUCUUGAGUCCACGUUGAUUUUACAUUAUUUUAAACUCAUUUUGGCGUCGGGUAAAUAUCAAGUUCGUUUUGACCUGUUUUGAACACCUUUACCUAGUACAGAAUAAAAAUCUACUUUUUCUAGAGGCUUCUCAAGAGUUAUUCUUUUGAGCUUUUGAGGUAUCACACUAUCAGAUCACACUAAGCUUUCAUCCACUCAAUGGCUUACUAUUACAACUCAGAUUAUCCUCAAAGCAUUGGAGAUACAGAUACUUAUCAGUUCUAUUAUAAUGAUCAGUAUAACUACAAUAAUGAUGAUUCAAUACAAGAGCCAAGGUAUGUUCAGUUUUCUGAUACAGAAUUUUAUGGGAAUGCAUAUCAGCAUGCUCCAACUCCAUCUUUAGUUGGAUAUUAUUACUCUACUUUCAAGAAUGCAAAUUUGUUUAAUGGAAAUGGUGAGUAUUAUUAUGAUCUUGUUUCUACUGAAUAUAUUGUUUCUUAUAAUGUCAAUACUCCUGAAGAAACUAAUGCUAUUGUUGAAGAUAAAGAUCAGGGACAUGAUCCAAAAACUCAUGGGGGGGAUUCCUUUAAUGGGUCUGUAGAAGAUGAUGAAUAUGAUGAUGAUGAUGAUGAUGAUGAUGAUGAUGAUGAAUAUGAUGAUUAUGGUGAUGGUAAAGGUCUUCCUGUAAAUGAAGUUCAAAAUCUUGGGGUUGAAGCAAAACAAACUAAUGGGGUGAAUAGUGUUAGCAAGGUGAUCCAAGAAGAGAAGUCUAUGGAUGUGGAAAAAGAUGAUGAUGGUGAUGAUGGUGAUGGUAAAGAAGUUCAUCCUGUGAAGGAAGUUCAAAAUCUUGAGGCUGAAGAAAAACAAACUAAUGGGGUGAAUAGUGUUAGUAAGGUGAUCCAAGAAGAGAAGUCUAUAGAUUUGGAGGACGAUGGAGAUCAUUAUGAGGAUGAGGAUGAGGAUGAUUAUGAUGAUGAUGAUGAUGAUGAUGAUGAUGAUGAUGAAGGAGGAGGAGAAAAGCAAGAUGAUUCAGUUAAGGAGCCAUUGAAAAAUGAUCCAAUAGUACCAUUGGUUGGUGUUCUUCCUUUAAAAGAAGUACAAAAUCUUGGGGUUGAAGCAAAACCAAAAAAUAUAAAUGAAGAAAAAUUGGGUGAAGCAAAGCCAAAGAAGGUGACCUUUGUAGAUGAAGUGAUUCUACAAGAAAAAGCCCUAGAUUUGGAAGAGAAUGAAGAACAAAAGAAGAAAAAUGAUUUGGGUGGCAUAAGUCAACAAAAAAAGGCCUUAAAUUUGGAGAAACAAGUUGACAAGGACGAGGUUGAAGAUGAAGACAAAGAUGAAGAUAAAGAUAAAGACGAAGGAAAAAACAAAUAUUAUUUGGAGAAAUCAAACCCUCGGGAAGAUGAUAACGACCAGGUUGAAGAUGAAGACGAAGACGAAGAAAAAGGUGAUUUCGGUGAUAAAAAAGGAAGAAAAGAGGAGGAUUUUGGUAAUAAUAAUCAAAUAAAAAGGCAAAUGCCAUAUGGGUAUGGUAUUGAAGCAUUGGAUAUUUGUGAAGGAUUAUUUGGAAGUUAUUUUCCUUGUUUAUGGAAGAGAAAUCAGAGAGUUUAUAAUCAUGAAAGAGAUGUUAAUGAUAAUUAUAUGAAUGAUUAUGAUUAUUGUUGUAAAGAAACUGUUGAUUAUCUGUUUGGGAAUCCUAAUCCUUACGGCGGAUCGAUGCCGGAGAAAGGAAGUUAUGGAGAUCCUGUUUAUUGCUAUCAGAAGCAUCAUCCUCAACAGCCUGUUACUGAGCAUGUUCAAGGAACUUCUUCAUGGGAAAAUAUAUCAGGGUGUUACUGUGGUCUUAAUGGUAGUCUAUACUAGACGAGGAGAAACUCUCGCGUGGAUUUAGUGGAAUAGCGGAGUAGAGAGUAAGGAUUAAGGAGUGGCAGUUGGUGGAAUCGGGAGUAAUACGGGUGGAUUAGUAAGGUGAGAAGUGUCGCACAAUAAAAUGGGCGUGCACUAAGUCUAUAUUAUACUUCACCUAUGCGGACAAGUCUCAGAUUGGGUUAAUUUAUGUAGAAGAAUCUAUGUUUUAGCAAAAUUAAUCGGUGUUUAAGUGUCUUAUCUUUAUCCAAAUAAAAAGGAUGCAAUAAAUAUUUGAUAUAAAAUAAAGAGUCUAAAUUAUAUAGAAAACUACUGUAUAUCAUGUGUCAUGUCUUUUUCAUCUUAACACAAGUUUCUUAUUUUGUCCCAUAGAAUUUUCUAUACAACAGUAUACUUUUAGUUGUAUUGUGUUAUGUAGCAAAAUCAAAGUAACAGAUGUUGCAUUUCUAUGAGCAAAACAUUUCAUCAAGCAAAUAGUAGGAAUAUCAUGGUUGUCAUGGUACUCCUUUUGUUAUGAUGUUUCACAUUAGUAUAUGUCCUUAGUUUAACGCAAAUUCUUGUAUGAGACGGUCUUUCCGUAAGAUGUGUCUCAUGCAUGAGUUGAAUAGUCCAAUUAAUACAAAUUAAUAGCAUGAGUUUUUGUUAUGAGAUUGUCUCACCGAGAGACGGUCUCUCACGAGAGUAGCUCCUAAUUUAAUGCUUGGUGAUUGUUUUUUACUACAAUGAACCAUGUGAGACUAAAUUUGAUACAUUGGUUCGAAUCAAUAUUGUGUUUAGGGCUUACCUUAGCUAUGGUGGACUUAAAAGUGUUCAUAAUCUUAGCCAAAAACUUAUUUUAUGGCUUUCUGUUAAGGAUAUUAUUGUACAAGAUCUUCUUCUGGUUUAAUUUUGUUUGUUAUAUAUUGGUGUCGCUCAAAAUAAUUUACUUUUUCUCUCUUUAAAGAUCCUCCUUUUUGCAACUCUUACAAUAAAUUCUUUUAACUUUAACUUUGUUCUUUUAGUUUUUGUCUUUAUGAGGUAGACCGGAGGAAAGGAAGGAAUAGGGGAUCGGAGGAGAUAGCGAGAAUCAAAUUUAUGACUAUUUGAAAAAAUAAUAUAUAUUCCAAUCAACACAAGACGAUUUUCUUUUAGGUGAUUUGCUCUUUAAUUGCUUGUUACUUGGUUCAUUUAAUUGGUA